UUUUUUUUUUCUUCUUGUAUUGAGUGAGUUAUAAACGUAUAAUUAGUUCUUAUUAUGUAAAUGCAGACCUUAGUAGUCCCGGUUUAUUACACUUUUAAUGAAUAUAAAAAAACUAACGAAAUUUAUUUAAUUUAAUGGUGCAAAUCUUUUUAGAAAAAGAAAAAAAUAAAAUAAAAUAAAGAAUGGACCCAAAAUCCAAAAUUUCCAUAUGUACAUUCCACUUCUCUCUCUUCUUUGCAAACGUUGCUUUCUUUUGAUUCUUGAAGCUGAAUCUCUGCCUAUUUAUCUCACCAAUUUGGUCAUGGAGACAGAUGCCUAUAUUUGUCUCCACAUAUUUCUCUUUCUACAAGUGGAGUGUCCACUUUCAUCUGUGCAUUUCUGAUAGACACUUUUCAUUUGUGUUUGUCCUUUAAGUUUUCUUACAAUUUGAGAUAACUGAUAAGAAGUUGAUUCGGCCUGAUGGAUUCAAAGAAUUUUUACACUUCUAAAACCCAGUUUGAUUUUGUUAAUAAAGGUCUUUUAUAUGAUUUCUUGGUAGAUAAUAUGUAUAGGGUUGUUAGUUUCUUCUGGAGCUUUUUAUGCAGCUACACCUUUUAUCUGUUUGGAUCAUUUUUCAGCCAUUUCUUCAAGUUUCAGAAAGGUAAAAGUCUUGAGAAGUAUGAAUCAGAGUCCAAUGAGGUUUAUCAUCAAGAAGAAAAUAAUAGAAGUGGUCCAAGUUGUUUUUUGGAUUCUGAUAUUGAUCAAACUGAUGGAGAAGGAGAGAAUUCUGUUGUUAUGGAGACUGCUUUAUCGGCAAGCACGAAUAGGUAUGAGUUUCUGUCUGGCAAAGGCAUAUCUGGAUUCCUGGAAGAACCAAGAACAGCGAGUUUUAUUGUGCAUGAACUGUUUAUUGACUCAAAUAAUGAUGCAAUUAUCAGUAAUUCAAUUUUUGAUACUGGAGAAUUUACAGAAGACGAUCUCUAUGAUGUUGGAUUAGAUGCAGACAAAUCAGAGGAAACAGAGAAAACAGAUUCCUUCGCCAAAAGUUUUAUGAUUGAUGAAGAAGUGACAGAGAAACAGGGGCAAGAAAUAUUCAUGGACGAAAUGAGUACUGAAGAGGAAGGGUUUGUCACUAAUGAUGGAGCUAUUGCCGAUGAGGAUAUUGGAAAUCAAGAAUUAGAUGCAGCGGAAGCAGAGAACUUUGUCGAAAAUCUGGUGAAUGCGCAGUUUUUGAAGAAGCCAAAAGUGGAAACACUCACCACUGAGAAGGAUUCUAAUAAGGAAGAGAAGAUUCAUUUACAAAAUAGUUUUGAGAUUAAGCGGGAUUCUUCAGGUGAAGUUCAAUUACUCUCCCAAUUUCAGAGUUUUUCAUGUGAUACUGAAGAAAAAUCUGACCCUUCAAAUGAUGAGUUAUUUUUAAGGAAGGAUGAAACUGUUUCGGCUAGUCAAACCGCCGAAGAAGCAUGUAAACCCGAAAUUCUGGUGUGGCUCCAGGAGGAGAAGCAAGAAAAUGUAAGAGAAGCAGAACCAGUUUUCGAUGGAGUUGAGCCGGAAAGUUGUGAGUUUGCAGAUCAGCCCACUGAUUCAGAUGACGAAUAUAUAGAAUUAAAACCCCAGCAAAAGAAUUCAAGUUUAUCGUAUAGAGAGGACUUAAGGAAUGUUGUGGGCGGCCAAGAACAGCAAGCAUCAGCCCAAGAAAAGGCAGAAACAAAACCUGACGGUUCUGAAAGAUCUGAAGAGUCUAGCUUCAAAGACGAGAAGUCCUCAAAUGAUAUAGAGUACAUGCUGGAGCACCAGGACAUAGUAGAGCAGCUGAAACUGGAGUUGAAGCUAGCAAGAACUGGUGGCCUUCCAACUAUUCUUGAAGAGUCAGAAUCUGAAGAAUUGGAGACUCCCAAGACGGUUCAAGAGCUAAAGCCAUUGAAGAUUGAGGAAAAGAAACUCGAGUACAAAGAUUUUCUGGAUGGAAUUCACAAGGUUUACAAGAGCUACUUGGACAAAAUGCGAAAAUUGGACAUCUUGAACUUCCAGACCAUGCAUGCACUUGGGUUACUUCAGAUGAAAGACACCGUUCAGCUCCAAACAGCUCGAAAAUCAUCGCUUCUAGCAAUGACAUCUCUUCUCUCCCAAAACUUAUGGUUAUGCAAAGGGAGUGCUGUAGUUGACCCAUUGAAGAAGGUCAUUGCAGAUAUGAAUAGUGAUUUCGAAACCAUAUAUGUUGGACAGCUUUGCCUUUCUUGGGAAAUGCUCCAUUGGCAAUACUGGAAAGUCCAAGAAUUGCAAAAGUACGAUUCUCAGGGUUCCCAUCAUUAUAAUCAAGUAGCAGGCGAAUUUCAGCUAUUUCAAGUCCUGAUACAAAGAUUUAUUGAGAAUGAACCAUUUCAAGGGCCCAGGGUGCAGAAUUAUGUCAAGAAUCGAUGUGUUCUUCGCAGUCUUCUUCAAGUGCCCCUUGUUAAAGAUGAUUGUAUUAAGGAUAAGGGAAAAAGAGGAGAUGAAGGACAACAUGCAAUUACAAGCCCAACGCUAAGAGGAAUCAUUGAGCUAUCAAUGCAAGUCUUCUGGGAAUUCCUGCGUGCCGACAAAGAUGAAAGCAAUGUGACCUUUCAGGGUAAUCUGCAAGCUCAUCCUAAUCUUCAAGACCUUGUAGACUUAGAGCUAUUCACAGAUGUUCGAACUGAUUAUCAAAAGAAGGACAGAAAGCUAAAAGACAUAUCAAGAAGUGGAAAUUGCAUAGUGAAGAGGUUCAAGAAGCAACAAGAAAAUGGAAUGCAUCAAACAUUGCUGAUAGCACAAGUAGAAAUGAAACUGAUAUCAAGAGUGCUAAAUAUGGCAAAAGUAACAACAGAUCAAUUGAUAUGGUGCCAUGAGAAAUUAGACAAAAUUAACAUCAGUAACAGAAAAGUUUUUGUAGAAUCUUCAUUUUUGCUCUUCCCAUGUUAGACACGGUGAGUACUGAUAGUUGUACGUAUAUUUCCAUUUUCUGCUGUAGAUAGAAUGUUAUUCAAAAGGUACUCAUAUUAGAAAAAAAGAAAAAGAAAAAAGGAAGAGCACGUACAGUUAAGCGGAACCAUCUUCAGACUUGCUUCUCAAGUCCAAAGUUAGUCUGUCAUCUGUUAAUUCUUCUCAACUGAUUCAUAUCUUGUGG